AUGAUUCAAGCUCACGAAGUAGAAAAGUUGACCGUCGUGAACGAUGGUGAAGCGCUGGGAGCUGCUGAAGCGAAUACUAGGGAAAAGGUCGAGAGGGAGACAUGGGCUGGGAAAAUAGAAUUUGUGUUAGCCUGUGUCGGCUACUGUGUAGGACUUGGAAAUAUAUGGAGGUUUCCUUAUCUAUGUUACCGUAACGGAGGGGGAGCCUUCCUCAUCCCGUACCUACUGACUUCCGUGUUUGCUGGGAUACCUAUGUACUUUCUGGAGCUCUCACUAGGACAAUGGCAGAGUACUGGGGGCCUCAGUGUCUGGAAAAUAUCUCCAAUUUUCAAAGGUGUCGGGUACGCCGCCGCCGUUAUGGCCGCAUGGCUCAACAUUUUCUAUGUUGUAAUUUUGGCCUGGGCGAUUUACUAUCUGUUUAACUCAUUCACUAACAUACUUCCCUGGUCAACGUGUGGUAACUGGUGGAACACAGACCUCUGUAAGUCCGAGUACAAUCGCCAGUGGUCAUUCUACAACUGCACAAAUGGCACUAGUUGGACGGAAGCCAACACGACGAUGGGCGAAAAUGUUACUGCUAUGGAGAUGUCGUAUGCGGGGUUUAACUGCACCGCCAUGCCAUUUACCUCCCCUGUUCGAGAGUAUUGGGAACGCCAUGUUCUGGAGGUGAGCACGGGAGUUGACGACCCUGGGAGGGUACGUUGGCAGCUGGCCCUGUGUCUGCUCCUUGCCUGGGUGUUGUGUUAUUUCUGUAUAUGGAAAGGUAUCACAUGGACCGGAAAGGUAGUCUACUUCACGGCAAUCUUUCCUUACAUCCUGUUAACCAUUCUCCUCAUUAGAGGAGUCACACUUCCGGGAGCGUGGGAUGGCAUCCGGUAUUAUAUAUACCCAGAUGUCUCUAAACUGGCGGAUUCAGGGGUUUGGCUGGACGCUGUAACACAAAUCUUCUUUUCCUAUGGCCUCGGUUUGGGCUCCCUGAUCGCACUGGGCAGUUAUAACAAGUACAACAACAACGUCUACAAAGACGCCGUGCUCAUCUCUAUUCUCAACAGCUGCACCAGUGUGUUUGCUGGCUUUGUCAUAUUUUCCGUAAUCGGAUUCAUGGCCAAGGAACAACAGAUGGCUGUUGCUGACGUCGCAGUUUCCGGUCCAGGUUUGGCGUUCCUUGCCUACCCAAAUGCUGUCAUCAAGCUUCCUAUCUCACCUCUUUGGGCUGUGCUCUUCUUUCUCAUGGUCCUUAUGUUAGGACUCGACAGUCAGUUUUGUACAAUGGAGGGAUUCUUCACCGCUCUGAUAGACGAAUGGCCUCGAUACCUAAGGAAGAACAGGGAGAUCUUCAUAGCUUGUGUGUGUUUCGCGUCCUAUCUCGUAGGGUUGUCAAUGGUGACUGAGGGUGGGAUAUAUGUGUUUGAAUUGUUCAACCAUUACUCCGCUAGCGGUCUCUGCCUCCUUUGUCUGAUAUUCUUCGAGUGCAUUGCUGUAUCUUGGGGCUAUGGAGUAAAUAGGUACUAUGAAAACCUCCGGAGUAUGUUCGGAUUCUACCCAAGCAGAUUUUUCAAGUUCUGCUGGACGUUCAUGACACCAGCAAUUUGCUUCGGUGUGUUGCUGUUCCGUCUUAUUAAGUUGAAAGCGGUGAAGUAUGUGGACUACGAAUAUCCUACUUGGGCGCACGCUAUAGGCGCCUUAAUGGCGCUGUCUUCGGUGAUGAUCAUUCCUCUUUAUAUGGUGUACAAGACCAUUGUUACUCCAGGGAUUACUUUCAGAGCAAAAGUGAAGAAUCUCUUCCGACCGGAUAUACAACUACCCACCGGACUUGGAGCGCCACCACCCUACUCUGUAGUCAACACAUACAGCGAUGGUGUCGCCAGGCUGUAAUUAUGCAUGACCGCUUUGUAAAGCUGCGUUGUUCUGUUUACACAACACGUCGCUUGAAUACACAGUUUGGAUGUCAUAAUGAAGGGAUAAAUGAGUAAUAAUAUAUCGUAUUUGUAUGAGUAAUUGUGUUGUUUUGAUACAGAAAUAAUGGAAGUGUAAUAUUGCAAAUCGCUUUGUGUUUGAGUGUGCGUAUUUCCGUGUUUGUUCAGUCGAGGAAUGUCUUCAUUCAGUAGAUAUUUGAAUUCGUCC